AUGGCGACCAACGCGACUACCGAAGACGCCGCGGCUGUCGCACCCGAUCCCGAAGACCUGCUGGAAGGCUUUGCGGUGGUGGAGACGCCGCCUGCUCAGAACUUUGUUUUCGGAGCGAGCGGACCCUCAUCAGCACCACAACUCCACGGGCUGACUAAGGCCGUCAUCAGCGCCGCCGCCUUCACUUCCGCUGUCACGUCACGAGGUCCCCUGGCCGGAGGGUCCAGACAGACCUCGGCUUCACAGGCACUGCCGUCGCCGCCCCGUUCGCCAGCCGCUGGACCCGUUACGCCGGCGGGAGGCGGCGGCGGCGGCGGCGCCGCCCGCAGCCCUGAUGGCGACGGCUCCUCAGCAAAGGUCGACCCCGCCAUGAUGGCGACGGUCCCGGUACCCGCUCCUCCUCCAUCGCAGCCCGUACACACAACCGCAAACACCGCGACAGCCAAGAGCUCCAGGUACCCGCACGGCGGGAACACCAACGCAACCGCCACGCAGCCUGCGCGCCUUCGGCGACCGGUAUCCGCCUCCGCUGCCGCGGCGGCGGCGGCGCGGCGUGCCGUAGUGGCGCUGUCUGCGGCAUCCCUGCUGGUGGUGGCGGGGGCCCUGUGGGCUGCCUUCACCAUCAGCCGCCUGAAGGCCGAGCUCCGUACUGCCCGUGAGCAGCUGACGUCACUUGGCUCGGAUCUGUCGGAGGCCAGGGAGCAGUGCGUGUUGGUCUCGCAGUUGCGCGAACUGCGGACCGGGGAGCUGCCGACGCCAGCUGCGCGCCGAGAUGGGUGCACCAUUUGCUGA